AUGUCGAAGCGGUUGAUGGAGCGGAUGCUGGGGAUGUUCCGGUCGCGGACGCAGGUGGGCGUCGACAGGGCCGGCAACCACUACUUCUCCCGCGUCGAGGAGGUCGACGGCGCCAUGAAAGAGAAGCGGUGGAUUGAGUUCAAGGGCGACCGGGACCCGACCACUGUUCCAGUUGAGUGGAUUUGCUGGUUGAAUGGACAAAGGAAGAAGGCUCCAACACCAGAGGAAUUAGCUGAGCUGGAGGCGAGGCGUGAACGCGUGAAGCAAAAUGUUGAACUUCUUAAAAAGAAAGAAGAAGAGGAAAGAAGGUCUGGUGUCCGACCAGUCAAGACAAUUGGGAAAACGGAUUCUCCAAAUCUGAGAAGUUUUACACAGCAGUUCCCUGGUACAUCUGAAGAUAAAAAGAAAGAACCUGAGAAGGUGUCUAAGCCCAAUGAUGUGACUGAUGCAGAAGAUGCCAGAACAGAUAAUGACAGGUCUUCUGAGCCAACAGGUACUGGUGCCAGUUUUAAACCAGGGACUUGGCUGCCACCGUCUUGA